GCCAUGAUUGGUUUGCAGAGGUCAAAAUAAAAUUAUGAAAAACAGAAGGACUUGCCUAGAUUUACAAGUAUAAGUUCAGAAAUGUUUGAAUGAUAUAAAGGGAACAGUAACAAUGUUUAUCAGCAUCAAGCAAACUAUGCAGGUCUUGCUGUCUAGGUCGUCAAACUGGUUGUGCAUUGACAACUCAAACCCUCACAUGCAAGUACCAGUUUUGGGGAUGUUAACAGAGAAGAAGUGAGCAGUAUGUUGAUGGAUGACCUGUGCUUCAUUAGACUGCCUGAAUAACUUCUACUUUCUGGUGUAAAGAUGGCAUCGAAUAACAAUAACAUCAACCAGACUAGCAGUACCGAACCGCCGUGUGUGCUACAUGCAGGUCCUCUCAUUGUGUCUGAAGAGAUCAAAUUGUUUGACACGGAAUCAUGGACACGAGUUAGAAAAGCAUUUCACAUAAGAAAAUCAAAACCUAACUGGAAUUUAUCAAAGUAUUCAGCAGUCUGUUCGUGUUUACCGGACAGUUUCUCUUGUGUUGAUGGAUAUCAUACUACUUGUUAUAAAAAUUUCACUGCCAUUUCUGAAUCAUUUCAGUUGCAUAAAUCGUUAAGUACAUCAAGCUUGUUACUUAGGUCUCUUGUAGAUCAUCCGGUGACGGAUCCUGGAGGAAAAUUUCCACACACCUGCAUCUUCUGUGGACGUGCGCAAAUACAACGAAGAGGUCAGCUCCCUGAACUGCUCGGAUGCUGUGACAAUCACGAAGCUGAGGAGAAUAUCAAGCAGGCAGCACAAGUUCUACAUGACCAGGAGAUGAUGGCAAAAGUUGGGAGUGUUGACUUUAUUGCAAGGCAGGUUAGAUACCAUCAUAGUUGUAGGAAACAGUAUAUCAAUAAAUCUGACAGAAAGAGGAAAAUAGUCAAAACAGAAUGUGCUAUCAACUCACCUGAGUCUAUGCAACCGCAAAAAAACAAGGACCAUGUCUUCAACAAAAUUAAAGAACACAUUGACUCGCAUAUCAUAAUGCAGGAAAACCCCGAAAUACUGACAUCACUUUAUGAACUAUAUAGAACUUGCUUGUCAAAGUGAUAACACAAACGCGUAUUUCUUUGGGCAGAAAAUUUUACAACACUAUGCUGGAAAACUGAAGAUUGGGAAAUUAAGUAAUCGUCAAGGCAACGUUAUUUUUUCAUCUAGCAUGCGCGAAGAAGAUGCAAUCAAAUGUGCUAUACAAAGGGCUGAUUCUAUUGAAAUGAAAACUGUAGAAGUGGCUGUCCAUAUGAGAAAAUUGAUAUUAGACAUUAAGAAUUCAAGCAAGGACUUUCCAUAUCCUCUAUCAGCUGAAGAUCUAUUGAAAGGGCAGGCACAACCACCCGAAUUGCUUGUGAAAUUUUUCCGCACAUUAUUUACAGGAUCAGACAAUAAACCGGAUGACAGAGUCCAGCGUUAUGUAGAAUCAGUGUCGGAUUAUUGUCUCUUCGCCUGUACGAAAGGAUGGUUGAAACAUGUCAGUCUUGGAUUGGGCCUGAAAAGCAUGACUGGAAGUAGGAAAGUCAUUGAAGUAUUAAAUCAUCUUGGCCAUUGUUGCAGUUACCAUACAGUUGAAGGUUUUGAAACAGAUCUAGCCAUGUCAGUAUCGGAAAAGGGUCAUGCAACACCUGAUGGAAUAUUGAAAAUACCAGACUUGUCAACAGCUUUAGCUUGGGAAAAUUAUGACGAGAUGAAUGAGACCUUAUCUGGUAGCGGAACACUUCACGACACUGUCGGGAUUUGCUACCAGAACAUCAGUACAGAAUCUGCUUGCAAUGUAUCUCGUGAAAUGACAAACGAUGACAGAAAAAAGGGAAACAGAGAAGUCGUACAUUUGAUAGCUCAGAUAUACCGGAACUUGAGCCCUACAGUAAAAAGCCUAAAAUUUCUGAAUUUAGUUACAGUUUGAAGACCACAGACCCCCCUGACAAUUUGCAGAAUUGCAAGAGACGUGAUAUACUAUGGGCUGUUAUGUCCAAUCAAUUUGCACAUAUACCUAUGUGGACAGGAUGGAAUUCCAUAUUUGAGAAUGAUCCUCUACUGCAACAAACAAUCGCUUACAUGAACACUCCCGCCUACCCGUCUUGACGUAGUCGCAGAAACAUUGAGGGUAUCUCAAAAGGUUGCCGAAGAAUGCCAAGAGGAUUAUGCAAUUGUCACUUAUGAUCUCGCAAUUGCAAAACCUGCCAAACAGAUUCAGCAAGCAGAAUCUCCUAGAUUCGACAAUAUCUUCACAUGCUUUGGCCCUUUUCACAUACAGCUAGCCUUUUUUGGGUCAUUGGGACAUAUUCUGGACGAGUCAGGUGGACCACAAAUCCUCACAGACACAGAGGUUCUUGGCAGUGGGUCACUGUCGGGAUUCAUUUCUGGGAAACAUUUUAAUCGAUGUAAGCGGUUACAUCCAAUGCUUUACCAGGCUUUCAAAAUCCUGCACUUACGGGCUUUUCUGCAUGAAAUCAGUGCCUUCAAACCUGAAAUGAUAAGAGCAAUGGAACAGCUCCGUGAGACACGAUCUACCGAAGCACUAGAUCAGCUUGAAGACAGCGCAGAAUAUUCGGAAUUCAUGUGCUCUUACGAAGAUUUUACACAGAAGACCAGGAAUGGGGAACAUGGGAAAACAGCACAGUAUUGGAUGAUGUACAUGGAUCUAGUCCAGCUAUACUUGCUCUUCAGUCGAGCGUGUCAUACAAACGACAUUAAGCUGUUUACAUACUGCCUCGGCGAAAUGGUGAAGGUCUUUUUUGCGACAAAUCGUCCAAAUUACGCCAGAUGUAUGUUCCGGUACCAUCUUGAUCUUAUUAACAUAGACCAAACCCAUCCUGGAAUAGGACCAAAACUAGAGAAAGGGGCUUUCACGAUUCGACGGACAUCAAAGAUGUUUUCACGUUCUCCAGUAGAUAUUGUACUAGAGCAGUCGAUAAAUGCAGAUGCCGCCUCGAGAUUAACUGGGAUUUCGUCAUUCAGUACUAAAGAAGGUGCUCGUCGACGUUGGAUGCUUACACAGACAUCUAGAAGGACUAUUGUAAAUAGUCUUCUCACAAAAUCAGGAAUGAUAUCGUACGAUAGUCCUGCACAAGAGCUGAAACAGUCACAUCUUGAACGCGACAAUAACGACUUGCAAAAGCUGGUGUCUGGAAUCGAGACCAGAAUGAAUCCAUUUAGCAGUGAUUACAGAAAUGAUGAACUUAUUUGCAUCUCCACUGGCAAGAUUGUUUCCAAAGAUAUUGCAGAUGAUUUAUUGACGAUAGAGAAACAGGGAAGUGCCUGGAUGGAACAAUUUGCAAGUGGAUGCUUUCUCGACUCCUCACGAUUAGAAAAGCCUAUUCCAAGAAGGAAGGUUAAGAAUUUCGCAGAUUGUGCUAUUAAAAUGGCUGUUACAAGAAAGGAUAACACCAUAAGGCAACUGACUUGUUCAAGAGAUCUGUUUGGUCGAUUGCUAUACUUGGCCACAACAAUUGAAAUAGAUCUGAAGAAAAUCUUCUCGUUUCUUCUAACGCCAGUGCCACUUUCCCUAGCACAUGUUGAUGGGAGUGUAAUGAAAACAGAUAAAUCGAAAUUAAUGAAGAUUCUAGAAGACAGAAUAACAAGUGAACCACCCCAAAGAAAUGACGCAACUAUCAUUGACGGCAUGUUCUUGAUUCAGACAAUGACCGCUUUGCCGAGUACAUUUGCCGAGAUAGCAAAGGUGAUAAUUUCUCGAUUGUCCGGCUUAUCUUCCCGUGUGGACUUUGUGUGUGAUACGUACAGACAUCCAUCCAUUAAAGACAUUGAAAGGACAUCGCGUAGCGCAGUUGUUGGUGGAUUCAUUGUGUCUGGUUGAGAUCAGAGAAGACCAAAGGAAUUUCAUAAAGAAUUGCGAUCAGAGUCAUUCAAGACCUCUUUUUUGGUUUUCCUGUCAGAAGAGUGGGCGAGAAAUGAAUAUGCACCAUUUUUAAAGGACCAUUGUCUCUAUUUUGGGCUUGAAGACAAAUGCUACAGGUUCACGUCAGACCAGGAAACAGUUAGUCGCAUUGAAAUAGGCGAUUUGGCCUGUAAACACGAAGAAGCAGACACGCGUAUAAUCUGGCACCUUCAUCACAUUGCGCAACAUACCGAAGACUCACAAAAUGUAGUCAUACGCUGUAGUGACACCGAUGUUUUGGUUAUCCUUUUGAACUAUGCAGGAAAGUAUUCAUUGAAUGUAUGGAUGGAUGUUGGACUCAGUAGCAGUAAGAACAAGAGAUAUAUAUUGAAGUCAACAAGCUCGGAUCCGUCCUUGGGAAAAGUAUUUGUGAUGCCUUACCUGCAGUGCAUGCUUUUACAGGCUGCGAUUACACUGCAGCAUUUGUCCGCAAGAGAAAGGUUAGGCCAUUCUCUCUUGUCGAGAAGUCUACAUUAUUCCAGAAAGCAUUUGCUGCCCUUGGAGAAAGUCAGGAAGUUACACCAGAAACAGAGAGUACUAUUGAGUCAUUUGUUUGUGCGAUGUAUGGGAAGCCAGGAUUAUGUGAUGUUGAAAGUGUCAGAUACUCCAUCUUCCGAACAAAGUUUGCACAAACUGAUGAAGCACAACCGCUCGGUAAAAUUAAAGGUGAAGAUGCCACUCUUCUACCUCCUUCAAAACCUGUUUUACACCAAAAGCUACUACGGACAAAUUUGGUGUCGUAUAUUUGGCGGCAUGCUCACAAGGCAGUCCCUCUGGAAUUGGAUCCAACAGAAAAUGGAUGGUUGGAAGAUGAUGGAUACUUUAAGUUGAAGUGGUUUUCUGGACCACAAUUACCUACAGACAUUGAACGUGUGCUUUCGGAGAGCGUUGAUGAGCCAGAUGACACUGAUGAAGUUGAGUUGGAGAUUGAUGAUAUCGAUGGUGAUGACGAAGAUUGUUCAAAUACUGAUUAAUACAACAAUGAAAUAUUAGCAUGAAUAAUCAUGUUUUGGCAUUUGCUUAAAUGUACUAGCACAACUGGAUGACUUUACUUACACAUAGAUGAAUAUGGAAAUGGUUGCUUUUAGUCAUGUGAAAGAUUUAUGAUGUACACAUACUUAGUACAUAACAAGGCCGGAUGACAAUUAUAAUGUUUGUCAUUAUUUACUUUGUAAAUACAUUUUAGUUAAAAAAAUAUAUUUAUUGAAAGUAUACGUAGUUAAACAAUUGUUUUAUGUUGAUAAGAAUUGUGCGUGAUAAAUGCUAGUAGAUGUGUGUACAUAAAAACAGUACAUGUAUAAAAUAUGAUAAUUUAUCAUGUAUACAAAGUAUGUUUAAUGUCUAGAUGAAAUUAAAUAAUUGUUUGAUUUUCGUGACAAAUGUUGUUAAAAAAAAAUAAAAAAAAUAAAGUAUACGUAGUUAAACUAUUGUUUCAUGUUGAUAAGAAUUGUUCGUGAUAAAUUCUAGUAGAUGUGUGAACAUGAAAAACAGUACAUGUAUGAAAUAUAAUAAUUUAUUAUGUACAUAAAGUAUGGUUAAUGUCUAGAUGAAAUUAAAUAAUUGUUUGAUUUUCAUGCCAAAUGGUGUUACAUGUAACAGUUGUGUGACAUAAAAUGUUAGUAAAUGUUUUGUUUAUAAUGAUACUGAAAAUGUAUAACAUAUAGUACAGAUUUUUGCGUUCCGUAACAAAGUAUUGUAAUAAAUCAAGAAAGUCGUUAAAAGGACCAAGUGGUCCUUUUUCAACCUAUAAACACUAAUAUCAAUACAUUAGAUUAUGUUUAACUGAAAAUACUGAAUAUGUUAAAGGGCAUAUUUAAGCAAUGUUAGAUCAUUUAAAAUGUCAGCAGAUAAAUUUCGAAAUUUGCAGUGGGUAUGAAAACCGCUGAAAUAAAUCAGGUGAAAUGACUCAAAAAGAAAGAAUAUAUUAAAAAUUUAGUGGUUUUUAACCUUCAAGUACACUGUACUCAUUGGAAUGUUUUGUUUUGAGCUAUGUUAUACGCAUAUGUACAAAGACGAAUAGUGCUUAUUAUUAUCGUGAUCACAUGUCUUUUAAAUCUAACUAUAUCAAAUUAUUCCAAAAAUUAGCAGUUUUGUGUUUGAUUUCGUUUAUUGUUCCUGAAAUCUCACUUAAAGUCUUCAUUAACAAAUGUACAUGUUUGAAUUAAAUCAGGAGAACCUUUUGUGUGUUUUUAAUACAGUAUUUAGACUAAUAUGUUGAAAAUUAUUUCAGUAGAGUAAAAAUUCGAUGAACUAAAACCUGAAAAAUGGACUAAAACAGCUAAACUAGUUAAAAUUUAGUGGUUUUUAACCUACAUAAACUUUAUAAAAAAAAGUGGUUUUAACCUAAAACCACUCUGCGAUUAUUGCAUGGUUUGUUUAGAGUGCAAUUGUAUAUAUGCGAACAAUAUUUGAUUGUUAUAAUGAUCACAUGUCUUAUAAAUCUAAUUAAAUCAAAUUAUUCCAGAAAUCAGCAGUUUUGUGAGUGAUUUUAUUCAUUUCCCCCCAAAAUCACUAAUAGAUGCUGAUCAAAAAAAGUCGUUGUUGGAAUGAAACAAGGAGGCCAUAUGUGUGUUUUUAAAACACUAAUUAGACAAAUAUGUUGGAAAUUGUUAACUUUGUAAAAAGAAUUUGCAGAAUUAAAAAUUGAA